AUGCGAUUUUUUGCUGCUGUUGCCGUUGCAGCUCUCGCAGUCGGCUCUAGUGCCGCAAGCUGCCCCUAUGCAGAGCGUGCCGCCGCCGCCGCUGCUGCCCCGGGUUGCCCAUAUGCGAAGCGUGCUGCUGAGGCCGCUGCUGCGCAAGAUGCUCAUGCCCCUAAGCUCUCCAAGCGGGGACCUAUUGAGGGCAAGAAGGGUAUCUUUUACAUGAACCGUAUUGGACCUUCCGGCUCACAAUUGUGGAUUGCCAAUGCCGAUGGUAGCAACAAGACCCAAUUGAUGGGCAAUCAAACUAAUGCCUUUGACUACCACCCGUCCUGGUCACCAGACGGCGAGUGGAUUGUCUUCACCAGCGAGCGCCGUGGAGCCGGCCAAUCUGAUUUGUACCGGGUGCGACCAGAUGGAACCGGCCUGGAGGUUCUUGCUGAUACAAACUCGGUCGAAGAUGCCGGUGUCCUAUCGCCAAACGGCAAGCAGGUCGCCUACGUUUCGACCCAGGGUAACUACACCUGCAACAUUUGGGUUAAGGACCUCAAGACCGGUCUGGCACACAAUUUGACCGACACUGCUGCUACUCGCAGCAGCAAUAUCUGGCCCUCUGGUCACUUCCGCCCCUCUUGGUCUCCUGAUGGAGAGUGGCUCACCUUCUCCUCUGACCGUGACACUGACUGGACCGGCCACAGUGAGGGUACUGGUUGGGAGCACACUCAGAACCUGGGUCUGUAUGUGAUUAAGAAGGACGGCACUGGCUUCCGCCAGCUGGCCUUCGAGGACGGCUAUGCAUUUGGUACUCCCCAGUUCUCUAGCGACGGAAAGCGUAUCAUCUACAACAACAUCACCCGCGAGAACACAUACUAUGCUCACGGUGUCUCCGAGGAGCAGGAGUUCAUCGAGUCCCAGAUCUACAGUGUCGACUUUGCUACUGGCAAGAAAAUCGUCCCCCACACUUCCGGCAGCUACCCCAAGUUCGGACAACACUACAUUGCCAACUCUAGCAACGUCGGUUACUUCAUCAAGGCCGGUGACUACGAGGGAAUUCACUACACCAAGCCUGACGCUACCCACAAGACUUUCAACUUGACCAACCUCCGUGACCCCUGGUGGUCACCCGACGGAUCCAAGGUUGUCUACGGUAUCCCCAACUGGACCCAACAAGCCCCCGAGCUGGAGCUUUUCAGCUAUGACAACGAAUGGGCCUACCGCUACAUGGAUGUCUUCCCCUUGCACAACACUGUUGUCAACCGCAUUGCAAGCACCCAGAAAGUCCUCGGCAGUGCCAACGGCUCAGCAGUCUCCUCCGACCCUCUUUACAACGAUGUCGUCACGGCCCUGAACUCCUACGACAUCUACUCCACUAGCAACUCCACCCAAGUCACGCUCCUGACCGAGGGUGAAGCCGGAGCCUUCCAGCCCACCUGGAACGCCGACGGAACCGAGAUGCUAGUCGGUUUCGGUGGCUGGUUCGUUGACCGUGUCGAUAUCCCCGCCACUAUCAUCCACGCCUACGCCAAUGGCAGCUCCUUCACCAGCUUGACCAAUACCUCCGUCAACUCCGGUUUCCCCUCUUGGUCCCCCGAUGGAACGGCCUACGUCUACCGUCUGUGGAACAUGGAGACUGGUGCUCCGGAGGGUCUGCAGCUCCACAACUUCACCACUGGCAAGACUCACAGUCUGACCGUCGGCUGGGACAACACUCCCGGCUGGUCUCCCGAUGGAGAGCGGAUCGUCUUCACCCGUAACAACAAUUGGACUGUUUCCUACGGAUCCCGCUGGUGGGCGGAUCGCUUCGAUAUCUACACCAUCCGUCCCGAUGGUUCGGAGUUGACCCAAUUGACUGACAGUCUGUCCAACGAUGCCCACGCUGUUUGGUCCCAGGAUGGCCGUAUCAUGUGGAGCACCGGUAUGUACGGCUUCAAGGAUGAGAGCUCGCUCUUCGACAACACUUUCCAGCCUUACGGACAGAUCAUGGUUAUGAACUACGAUGGUACCAACAAGACUCUGCUUACUGAUACCAUUUGGGAGGACUCGAUGCCGCUGUAUAUGCCCAAUGAGUAUCUUGAGUAG